CACAUCAAUUAUUCAUAUUAUUUCCAUUUUGUUGUAAAUAAUUAACAUUUUUCAGCAAGAUAAUUCCCCGAUCACCCCGAUCUUCCUAAUGUAGCAGCAAGGAACAUCCUACCAUAAGCUUGAACUAAUUUCCUCAAACCCAAAGCAUGUGAAGCGUGAUUAAUGCCUUACAAAAAGCAGAGCCCUCUCCUUAGCAUCAUUCUGUAUCAUUCGGGCAAAGAUGUAAUUCCCCUUCCAGCAAAACCCUUCCACUUCAACGUCGUAAUCCCACAAAAAACGGUAGUGGUCAGCGCGGAACGCGGAUCUAUUCUUAACGUGCGAAACCCCUAACGCUGCGACUUGAUUCGCAGUUGCGGUUCGUCGCUUGACGCGCACACAUCUUUCGUCACUCGCUCGCUAGCUCACUUGAGGAAACGUAUCGACCUGGUUUUGAAUUUAAUUUCAUUUCAAGUGCUACUUAAUCGAGAGUUCUCGUUGGCACGAUGAGUGACAGUGUGGUGACGGUGCUCCUGGUGAUGCUUUUCGCCUAUUCGCUGGUGAUCACUUCCGCGGUAAAUCCCUCAUCGAAGGUGGACUUUACCGAGGUGGACGAUUUGAACGAUGAUGGCAAUGGUGAUGGGUUCGUGAGUGUUUACAAGAACUUCCCCAAGAUUCAGGUGACGGUCGAUACGCAGAAGCUGAAACGCGUACCGCAACCGGAAACGAAAAGCGAUGAAUCGAGUUCGGGCAGCUCCGGUAGCUCCGGUUCCGAAUCGGUCGAGCGGCCAUCGGUCGGUGUGCGAACGGACAUUACGAUCGAGAUUUCUGAAGAGUCGGCAAAUGACACGCGCACCGUAACGCAUAUCGGUGGUGGUGAUCGUGAAGUAAAGAAGGAUCGUAACGGAACGCGAACAACCACCGGAACUGGCGGAACGGGCAAAAAGGAUCGCAAUGGUGGACCGGUCGAUGGUGGGUCCGAUGAUGAUAAUGCUAGUAUUCCCGUGUUCAAAGGAAUGGCUGGUGUGUUGCCAGCAAAACCGAAACCAAAGCCAACACCGGAACGUGGUUCACCGGGUGGCAUUCGACCCGUCGUGACGCUCAAUCAUCGGCCAACGUCCACCAGCUUCUACUACGGUAAUGAUGAUCGGAAUCGUGUCAGCGGAGAGUACGACGGGUGGAAGCGCCCACAUACGUUGACGGCCAUUUGGACGACCGAGAGGCCUUAUCUCCGAAGGGCGGAUCACGACACGGCAGGUCCUCAUCACCAGACAUACUACAAGGGCUACAUUCCGUACAAUGUGGGCCAUCAGGCGCACCACCACCAUCAAUCGACGGAACAUCAGCAUCCAACGACGGGUGGUGACUGGAAGCCGUGCUACUGCAGUAUCUACCAACCGUGGGCCGCACGUGCCCCGUCGAAUCCCGUUCUACCACCGGCCGCCCAUCUACCACCGGGAGUUCCGCCACCUCGGCACAACAAAGUGGACAACAAGGUGGACGUGCAACCGAGUGAGGCGUACCACCAGCGAGAGUAUCGCUCAGUUCGCUCCUAGGAUCGGGAACGGGACAUGCGGUCCAACCUUCUCACAACACCAUCACCUCACAUCGUGUCACCGUCACCGCUAGUCGAUAAGAUGUCGUCCCUAAGCCCUUUUAUUCCCUUUUAUUUUUUUGGGGGUCUCAAUCCUCCCAACCUUGUCUACGAGCUAAUAAACCGUUGACAUACUUUUUUUUUUUCAAAACACUUUUCGGCGUUUCACUCGA